AUGAAUCUGAUCGGAUCGAAGGCUGAGAAGGACGAAUUUACAAUUCUGAAGGAGGCAUGUACAGGUUAAUUUAUAUGCCAUGUUCAAAGUAAUUUCAGCGGAAUGCAAAAGCAUCUGACUCUCCAAAAUUCAGUUAUCUUUCCCUUUCUCUAAAGGGUAUUUUGCAUUUCGCGGAGUCACUUUGAAAACGACAUCACGUAGCGAUUUAUUAUAGUUCAGGUAAUAAACCAAUUAAGGGAAUCUUGUUUGACCUGGCAGAAUAAGAGAAAAUCAAGACGGGAAGAUUUUUGAACAAAAAAACAUUCACUAUUCGCGAACUUAUUUUUACUCCAUUCAGCGGCAUCUUUAGACGGAAAAUAAUACAGAUACACCUAAAACUUUCGUUUUUGCCUCAACUUCCGACAAUAGUGCUAUUUUUAUUUAAUAACGGUCCCAAUACAGCAAUCGUCAUGCAAAACAUAAUUAAUAUAUUAAGAAUCCAAAACUUUUUUUCAGUCUCAGCAGAUGAAGAAACCGAAUGGGUGACCGCUGUCAAAAAAAUGAGAAGGAAAAUACGAAAAAUCAGUCAGGCUGAGGAAAAAAGUGAGAAGAAAAUGGAAAGCGUUGAGAAAUUGUUCGAGACAGACUUUCUGAGUGGCGUAAGUUAUUCAUUUUAACAAUAUCUUAUGACCGUUCAUUCUUUACUUUUUUACUUUGAUCAUUCCGUGUAAAAUCUUCAUUCCGUGUAAAAUCUUCACUCGAAGUGGUAGCUCUCAUUCUGAGGCUUCCACCUAGAGCACGGUCUCCGGGCUCCAGCACAACAUCAGCUAAAUUCUGAGCUCGUCAAGGCGCAACUGGAUGGACUACGCGCAGAAGGACGAGGCGAAGGACCGUAAGACCAUGCUUUCAACUCUUUCGACUACACGUUUGGACUUCUAGCUCGCCAAAGGCGGUUGUUCGUUAUAGCUUUCAAAGUUCUUGUUCACCGCCUAGUCGAUACAUCUAUGACUAAACCAACAAAAUAAAUGAUUUGAUUUGAUUUGAUUAUGAAUCGGUUCAGAAUUACGGGAAUCCGCUAGUUCCAAACCCCUUAACCAAGUCACAGUGCUGUCGACUUUUGCGCAGAGUCGUCCGUCAUUAUAUGUUGGCGGCAGCUACAGAGUUCGGGUUUUCGCAAGGUGGUUUUUAUCCUCAGCUCUGACACGAAGAUUUGGGAUUUUCAGCAGAAGAAAUAGCUCCGAAAGCGCUCGAAUCAUUGCGAAGCCUUAACUCUGAAUUGAUCCGUGCGACACUUAGGUGUGCCGGACUUUCGGGUCUUUGUCCCGAGGGAACUCUCCUCGAAGAUUCGCCCUUCGCCGCCAUGCCUCAUAAAUAUGUAUGUCAUUAAUUUUCGUAAAAAUCGUCUCAAAAAGGCAAGCAAAUGGAAAAGUUCUCGAGGCACACCUUUUUGUUAGAGAGAAACUUUACUGUUAGUAUAAUCAAAAAUUUUAGCUGCUUUUCUUGAAGAACUAGGACCUAAUUUCAAGGAAAACCGAAGAAGAAAAUUUUUAUUAGAGCCUUUCAAGAUUUCUGCAUUUGUCAUUCUUGUUAUGUUUUUUAAGCGCAGUACAUUUCUGGAAGGAGUUGGUGAAAGAAAAACUAGGAAAAUGGAGAGUCGUCUUCAAAAAUUGAGAAAGAAGUUUCAGUCAAUAAUAGAAAUACCAAAGUCAUCUACGGAGGCGAUAGGAUGUGAAUCCUUGCACUGUAGUUUGCGAACCACGAAUUUGGAAUCGACACUUUCUGAAGACGCCAGAGAGGAAGUUUGUAUGAAUUACUCGAGUCCUCAACUGGGAAGGGUUAGCUAAGGUACGUCGUGAUGUCGGAAGGCUCCUAUGACCGGAAAACGCUGAAAACGCUCAACCGAAACGGCGAUCCAACUUCAAUGAAGGUCUUUUCAUCAAAAAUAUCCGGAUUCAUUCGAAGCUUUAGAUUGUAUGUCUUUGUCUCUUCCACUUGCCUUUCUUCAUGCAUUCUUUCACGUUUCUUCAUAUGGAGUACAACAUUUAUCAAAACUGUCUUUAUCGGGUUUUUUUUAUUUUGUUUUUUCUUUCACUUCAAAUUUUUUGGUAAUCUAGAUCAGUAAUUUGCUGCGACAAGACGUUACGACUCCGGAAGAAUCAGCAAAAUCCGUUGUCCUGCGGUUGCCGCGGACUAUAAUUAAAGUUUUCACGUUCGAUUAUUAUUUUUAUUGACUGAAAUUUUUUUGCAGAACAUCGAAUCGUUGUACGUCGCCAGAUAUGGUCAGCUUUGGGUCUUUGAAGACGAAGACGAAAGUCCGCGAAUUUUCAAAAUGUUCGGAAUGAGAAACGUGGACAUUUAAAUUGUACGUAUAAUCCAAUAAAAUAAAGAUUUUUCUACUUAUUUUCUUAUUUAUGUGAAAAAAACAUGUUUUUUUCAGCUAUAUCUAUUUAAUUUCUCAAUUCCCUCUGAAAUACUUCUUUUAGAUGCGGUUAGACCUAGCGGUUCUCCUCUGUAUUCCAAUAUUACUCGAAGCCGUUCUCAAUACGGGUCUCCAGCUACGAAUUGAGGAGCUUUUCGAUACUCCCGGUCAGUUUUUCUUCUUUUUCUGAUAUUUUUCUUUCGAUUUUCAGGUCAUACGAACAACUGGGCAGUUCUGGUGUGCACAUCGAAAUUCUGGUUCAACUACCGCCACGUCUCCAAUGUGUUAGCCCUCUACCACACAUUGAAGCGUCUCGGUAUCCCUGACAGGUUUUUGAAAUAUUUUUCAGCAUCAAUGCAUGAGAAAUUUUCCUAAAGGUAAAGAGACAAGAUUACUUGAUAGCACUUCGAAAUAGUAUAUUCCAAAAAAGAAACGAUAUUGCAAGAAGGUAAAAUUGAUACAGUGAGCCUUCUUCUUAUCGCAACGAUUCCACAUUCACUUUCAAGUAGUGACGUAUCCUUUUCAUAAUAAAUCUGUUUUCAGCAACAUCAUUAUGAUGCUGGCCGAAGAGGUGCCGUGCAACGCGAGAAAUCCAAGACCAGGUAGAAGUUAUUCUCAAUUUAUUUAAAUUUUUAAUUACUCAGGGAAAGUUUAUGCUGCUCGUGCAGGUAAUAAUUUGUACGGAAGUGAUGUGGAAGUUGAUUAUCGGGGCGAAGAAGUCACGGUUUGUUUUUUAAUAAUUUUUUAUAACUCGAAGAAAGAUACAGUAGCAUGUAAAAAAAAAUACGAGGAAUAUUUAUAACUUCAAAACUCAUUUUAUGGUUGGAAUAAGUUGCAAGAUUUGAAAAUUGUUUGAAACCGUGUGCAGAAAAAAAAAUUGAAGCAUAAUAUUGAGGCUAACGAGAAAUAAAUUCUGCGGUGUGUAAGCGGCAUACAUUAUAUCUUAGUUAUUAUUCUCAAUAGUUAAAUUUGAAGAUUCACAAAUGUCAUAUUGAAGUUAAAACCUUUGUAAGUUUCGGUAGUUCGAUUUCUUCGGUCUCCCGUCUACCAAUCGCAAAAUAUAGGCGUUUAGGUUGAAAAUUUUAUCCGCGUUCUUACCGGAAGACAUUUGCCAGCAACACCUCGUUCGAAGAGACUUCUUACCGAUCAUCAGAGCAACGUUCUGGUAGAAGAACUUUCGAAAUACUGGACUGAAACUUUCUUGAGGUUUAUCUGACGGGUCAUGGCGGAGACAGCUUCAUGAAGUUCCAAGACGCCGAAGAAUUGACCAAUGUAGAUCUAGCCUACGCAGUACAGAGUAUGUACGAAGGCAACAGGUGGAGCUCAUUGUGAUCUGUUUUCAAUAUCCAUUAUUUUGGGUAUCAUGAAAUGCUGGUGAUAGCGGACAGCUGUAGGAGCGCCUCGAUGUACGAGUGGAUCGCGAGUCCAAACGUGCUCUCUCUCUCGAGCAGCCUCACGCAUCAGGAGAGCUACUCCUACGACGUCGACCAGGACAUCGGCGUCUACGUCAUCGACAGGUAAGGUGAUCUCUUCUUUGCCUGAUUCUCCGCGAUUUCCAGGUACACACAUUUCACUGUCGCCUUCAUGAACAAGGAGGUCAAGGCUUUGAACUCUUCCGCCAACAUGCAGGACUACAUCGACUCCUGUCCGGAGCACAAGUGUCUUUCCGCUACUGGUCAGUCGUUUUCUUAUGGUUAGAUGAAACAUCGAAGAAGAAAACUGAAUUCGACAUCUCUUUCUUAUUUCGAUUUUUUGUGGAGUGGUGAAGACAACGAUGGUUUCAACGAUGGUUUUUUGGUUUCAAUAGUAAAACUAAUGGCUGCUAAUCUAAAAAAAAAGCGCUUCUUGCAGGCCGUGCUUUGAAAAAAAAAAAAAUCACUCGUUUGAUUCGUAGGCUUUUGGUUUCAAAAAAAGUUAAGUCGUUCGUCAGACUUUCACUUUUUUUUGAUUCACGAGAGGACUAGAAAUUUUCUUUUGAAAUUCCUCAAAUAUUUUUCAUUUACAGGCGUACGCCGCGAUACGUACUCCAAAGACCCAACUCGCGUCCGAGUAACCGACUUUUUCGGCUCAGCCAGAAUCGUCCAGCAUUUAACGGAGGAAGUCGAACUGGGUGAAGAUUUUUGGUCCUUUGCUACUUGA